AUGUUUGGAGCAUUCAGAGCAUCGAGCGUCAGCCAGGGCGGUCUCUUGUGGAAGGCACGCAUGAAGAUGGACUUGAGUCCCACACAGAAAGCUAACAUUCGCAAGCGUCUCAAGGCCGCAGACGACGUCGUCAUGAAGAUCCAACAAUCCGGAGUCCAGUGCAACGCCUUGACGAAGCUCGAGGCAGAGCCCACACAGGCACAGAUGCCUCCAAAGGACAAGUAUACAGUCUUCAGCAGGACUUUCAAGGGCUACCGCAAGUCUGUCCAUAAGGUCCCUCACUUCACCAAGGUCGCCGUCCCCCGUACUGCUCCUGCUGGAUUCUAA